GCCGAGGCCAGAAGGAAUCGCGCUCGGGACGAAUUGAGAGUUACCCCGAUAAACCGCACUCAUGACAUCGGUUAGAUGGCGCCGGGAAGGCCCCCGCUUAGGAGCAGGACGCUUCUUCUCCCGCUAGCCCUUCUUGUGAAAGCUGUGUUCUGUUCGCAUCUCGGUUUCUUGACGGAACCUCAGGAUGUCAUAGCCAAGAAGAACCAGACCGUGUGGCUGGACUGCCUGGCCGACGGGGACGGGGGGACCGUCAACGUGACGUGGCAUCGACGGCCUUUGGGGCGGCCCAUCGACGUCCACCAGCCCGGGGAUGUCAUCGUCAACGACACUCGUCGCUACCUCCUCCACACGAAUGGGACUCUUAAAAUACUUUCAUUCAGACCUCAUAGACCUAGGGGUGGGGACGAGGGGACGUAUUGGUGCCUGGUGAAGAGCCCCGCCGGGGCCAUACGCAGUAAAGAUGCACACGUGCAAGUGGCAGCUCUGCCAAAAUUUAUGGUGCAGCCAACCUCCACUCAAGCUGUGGUUGGUGGCGUCGCUCGCUUUCAGUGUUAUACACAAAACGCAGUACCUCCAGCCUCUAUCUCAUGGGAGAAGGAUAGGCUGCCUCUCCCUCCUAAUGACAGGUUCGUUCAACUUCCCUCAGGAGUUCUACAAAUCCACAAAGUGCAACAAAAUGACACGGGUAGAUACCGAUGUGUGGCGUCCAACAUGCUCAGAGAACGCCGAAGCCAACCUGCAGACCUCACUGUAAUAUAUGCUCCCGAUGCAGAUCAGGAGCCACGCAUUGUGACAAAGCCACAGAACCUGACAGUGCUGGCUCACCAGGACGUGUACAUGGAAUGUAUGGCGACAGGAAACCCUGCACCCAUCAUGUCGUGGAGCAGGAAGAAUGGGAACAUAGGGACGUCCGGUGUACAGAUCCUCAAGGGCAACCUCAGGCUCCAGGAUGUCACAGUCGACAAGAGUGACACCUACGUUUGUUCAGCAAAUAAACCUCAAACCCGCAUCCGACAAACCGCCAAUGCCAUCUUGACAGUUGUCGAGCCGCCCAAGGUUAUCAGGGGUCCAGUUGACAUGGACGACAUAGCCACGGCCAAGACAGCUCGCCUCCCCUGUGACAUAAGGGGGACACCGAAGCCCAAGAUAGAGUGGCUGCAUAAUGGGAUACCGGUCUACGUCAACGGUCGCAUUGAGCAGGUUGAUGACAACAAUGAGCUGGUCAUUACAUCGGUUGUAUUGGCAGAUGAAGGGAUAUACCAGUGUAUUGGGUUCAAUGACUAUGGAAUGGUGUAUCGCUAUGCCAGGCUCACCAUAAAAGUGGAAAGUGACAGUCCCGACCCACCUCAAAACAUCCAACUAAUCACCAGGAGUUCCACCGAGAUUCUGGUGAGGUGGUCUCCCUCUGUGAGCAAGUCUCCCAUCAUUGCCUACACCAUCCACUACCUGCAGACAGAAGGUAACAACAAGGAAGUUAAGGUGCCAGUGAACGUGUCUCAAACGGAGUUUUUGGUGACCAACCUGCUCCCCAACACCAACUACACCUUCUACAUGUCUGCUUACACCAGAGAGGCUGCCAGCGAGAUGCAUUCUCAACAAGUGGUGGCCAAAACCAUGGAGGGAGUUCCCAGUGCGGCUCCCAUCUUGUCGCUGAGCAGUAGAAGUCCGUACUCCAUCGAUGUAGGCUGGCAGCCCCUGUCCCGUGAGGACAGCCAGGGGCAGAUUGUCAACUACAAAGUGAAGUACAAUAAGGAGAAGGAUGAAGAUCUCGAGAUGGCACAGGAAGUGCGAGGUUGGCAGACCCAGCUGGAGAUCAAAGGACUCAAUCCAGACACCACAUACAGGGUCUGCAUCGCGGCGGCCACCAGCAGGGGGUACGGUCCCUGCUCCCAUUACAUCAGCCAGAAGACCAUGAAGCAGAAUGAACGUGAAGUCUUGCGGGAGCCCAACCUCCAAGUGCGAGCACUCAACUCCACCGCCAUCGACAUCCACUGGGAGAUGCCCAGUCUCAGCCCGGAUGAGAAGAUUCUGGGCUUCAAGCUCAAGUACACAGGAGAAGAUGAUAUCGACCAUCUACCCAUUGCAUUGCCAAGCAACCUGCAGCACUUUCUGCUGGGAAGCCUCAGGCCUGACACUUCUUAUGAAGUGAAACUGUUUGCUUGGAAUGAGAAAGGAGACAGCCCAACGGCUACUCAGCUCAUUAAGACAAUGAAGACCUCCACUAUUGUGGUCCCACCAGUGCUGUCCCCCAUGCCUCCAUCCAACGUCAUCCCGGUUGCGCUCAACGCGUCCAGUGUGAGGGUGACCUGGUCCAAACCGCGGAUGACCACGGUUGAGGCGGAGUACUACACGGUCCGUUACAACCCGACUGACCUGCAGAAUGCCACCCUGGUGGAAUACAUUCGCAGCAACAUCACCAGUCUGAUUGUUAACGACCUGAAACCGUUUACAAAGUACGAGUUUGCCGUGAAGUCUCACAGCAGACAGGGGACAGAGAGCAAGUACACUCAUGCCUCCAUCUGCCAAACUAAGGAGGGCAAACCUGGACCCCCAGCAGAGGUUCAAGUGAGGCUGCUCUCAUCGGGGGCAGCAGUGCUCGUCGAAUGGCUGCCUCCCUUGGAGAGUAAUGGUGAGCUCAAGGAGUUCAUCAUCCUUUACGUGCCGUUUGAUUCGUCGUUGCCAGACACGGACUGGUCCACUGUCAAGACAACAGCUGAUCAGACGAGCGCUACAGUGAACAACUUGACCUUCAGAACAGAGUACUUCUUCAAGAUGAUGGCCAGUACAGAGGUGGGACCAGGACCUGCCUCCGACCCUGAGUCAGUCUUCACCCUCCCUCCAGUCAACCCACUAGUGCCCGGAGGCAAGACAACGCCUGGAGCUGGCGUUACCAACAACCCCAGAACUGGGCAAGGGGAGCGCAACGGCAUGGUCACAGGGAUCAUCGUAGGGGUGGCCAUCGCUGUGGUGUGCAUCAUGCUGUGUGCCAUCAUUCUUCUCUGCAGAGACCCAGAGAGGCGAGCCAGGUUGUGCUGUUUUGGAGGAGACCAUGCUCAUCAUGGGAACAGGGGUGAACACGCCCCCCGCCGCAACGGAAACAUCCCAAACGGACACAUCCGUGGCCAGAACGACCUGUACGAACUUGACUGUUACACACCAAUGCUUUCAGCCCUGCCCCCAAAUCCUGAGCUGGAUGCAAAGGGUCCGAGUGAGGAGGUGGAGAAGCGUCUGAACGGUCACGUCAACGGGAUCGUCAUCAUGAACGGGAAGCUACUUGCCAACGGCAAGGUCAUCUCCAAGCGCCCAGACCGCCCUGGAGGGAAGCCCAAACACCUGAACGGUCACACCAAGCCAGCGAGCAGCGGUCAUCCCAAAACGCAAGUGCCAAAGAUUGACCGCAAGGGUGAUGAGGAUACCUGGGGCGGGACGCGGAAUGGUGUGAAUGGGAUCAUGAUGUCCAUUCCCAUCCCGAAACACUCAUCCUUCCAUGAGCCCAGCUACCUUGAUCUGGAUCUUGAUGAUGGACCCGACCAGGACUACCCUCUGCAGAUGCCAGAUAGGGCCUGUAUUGAUCUUGACAUCCCCCUUCAUACGGGUAUAGGUGAUGACCAGGGGGACAGUGAGCAGGCACCCGAGGCGGUCGACUCAGGCCACCCUUCCUCCUACUCAAGUAGCCAUGGUGACGAGGAGGACCCUCUCCAAGCAGACCCUCUCAAUGGAGAGGACUCUUCCAACUCAGGUCAACCAACUACCUCACCCCAUUCAACACCUGAGGAUGUCACAGUGACGACAGACGCUGGUUCAACCGACGAUGUUUGGCAGCCCCGGACGCCGACCGACGGCAGGAACGACACUGACGACGUCCGAGUCUCCCCAAACUCCCCCUCCUCUUCCUCCAACUCCCUCCAAAGCAAAGUACAGAGCUGGUCUCAGGGUCUACACACAUCACAGGGGGAUGGUGUGCCCCCCUCCUCACCACACAACCCAGGGCAAACAGGGCAGCAAGGCAGCCUCCCAGCACAGAGGCACAGACCAUCCAUGUGGGGCGACCACGGCCCUCCCAGCCCCACACCAGACAGGCUGGAGGGCCACACCAGCUCCACAGAACCACCGCACAGGCAGGAGAAGCCCAACAGUGAUGGGCAGUCUGUGUUGGUGGGCGAUGGGCAAGCCUCUGGCCACAACUUGCCACAUGAACUCAGUCAGAGUCCGGCACGCAGGGUACCUCUCUCUCAUGGGAACAGCCACGAUGGGACUGACUGCCUCCACGGCAUAGACUAUGAAGUUUGACCUCUGGCAGAAAGCAAAGAAAGGCACCAUGUCUCCAGGUUUCACCCUCGAUUUGCCAAGCAGGGCUCAGUAUUAUUCCACAUGGCAAGGGUGUGGCACACGGGUGGAAGUACCCCCCAAAUGCGUAACCUCUGAGUUUCUCUGACCUCUGAACUACAACCUUCAACCUCAAGUGAACUCCUAUGCCAGGCAUGGGUUAGCCGUCAAGAUGCCAAUAUAACAAAAAAAAAAGACUCAAAGAACAAAAACUACCUCAGACUCAGGUGUACCAUAUAUCCAGCAUGACCUCUACCUCGUUGACAGCACGACCCUUCCCAUCAGCCUCAGUCACUGUCAGUAAGACGUCGCUACCUCAGGUAACCUGUUGUGUAAUAGUACAUCAGGUACAAGGUAUGGUGUACAUGUGCACUGUGGUCAUGUGACCUGCUGUGUAAUAGUGCAUCGGGUACUUGGUUACCUGUUGUAUUGUAAUAUGUAGUACCGGUAGGUGUAUAAUAUAACUACUGUUGUUGUAGUAGCUACUGAAUUAUCAAUACUUUAAGGUAAGGUUUUUAAACAAAGGUGUAGCAUUAUGUUAUACCGUGGCAGCAGGAAGCAGUUGCCAUGCACAUUUCCAGGGAUCCAGUGAACAUCAGCACUCAAGAUAGUAGCUUAGUGUAAACGUGCACCAUGGUUUUGUCCAUUUGGUCACAAGGCCAAGUCCGUUUCUAUUAUAACUGCUGUCUGCCUCUCACUGUCAGAAAUACAUGAACUUGGACUUCUUAAUGAUUAGCAAGUUAAUGUUUCCAUAAUUUGAGAUUUCAGUGGUUUACAGCGCUGAGCUGACAGAGAAUGGAAAGGAAAAAAACUUCUCUAAAGUAAAGUAAAAAUACAGAAUGUUCCAUAUUUCUCCCAGGGGGGGCAGCAGCAUACUCUUGUACAGUCUGUAGAGGCCGUGUUCUUAUCCAAAGCGGGAAAGCCAACCUCAUGUAGUUUGGUUUGUCUGGCACUUUAUUACGUUUCCCAUUAUCCAAGUGUUUUUUCCUCCUCUACCAUUUGUGUCAUCCCCUUUGAUCUAAUGGCAUGAUCCAAUCUUCCAGCAGACUGAUAGGCGAUCAAUUUUAAAACUAAUGUAUGACAAAUAGUGAAUUUUAUCUGAUGUAAAAUAUAGGUCAAUCAUGUGCAUCACCUUUUAAACACAUUUAACAUUUUAAAACAGAGCUAAAGUGUAGCUGUAUUGCAAUUAUGAUCAAUAAUUGUAUGACAUUUAAAACGAUCUGAACCAGAAAAUAGUGUCUAAUCAAUUUCACCAGGAGGAGUGUAUGAAAUGAAUUUGAAAAUUAUGUCAAAAGAAAAUUAGUUAAUUGCCUAAAAAAUGGAAAAUCAAAGCAACUCUUAAACUAACACUACUUGCAUGUUCCCUGAGUUAAAUCAGACUUCUUAAUCAAAAGCCCUCCUGUAUUGAUUCUGUUUUUGCCAAAACAAAACUCUAGUUUGUGGCAAAGGAAAGUCAAACCACAAGUACAACAAUACCAAAUGGUUGCCAAUACUUCAUCCAAAAAUAAGGACAAGAGAUUUAUUUUGCCAGUUUGGAAGUCAGGCCAAAAUGCCCACAUCUAGUACCUGCAUAUACUUACAUUGUAUUUUGUAUACCUUGCAGAUCUCUAGACACCCCCAUAAGAAUUUGGUAUAUUCAGGUUGAUGAUUCUUCUCAGGGAGUUUUAGCUGUACCAAAUAUGGAAGAAGAACUAGUGCCAUAUUUGGACUUAACUAGACAGGGUCUUUUUCUUUUGCAUGACCUGAAUAUGUCAGACCAAUGGGAACACGGGACCUUUGACUUGACUUCCUGAGAAAUGGCUUCCCAUUGGAUAAGAACUUGAGCCAAUCACAGAAUGAUUAACGUAAUACUAUAUGUAUGAUGAUGUCAUGAAGGGUAACAUUUUAUGACAUCACACUUCUAGUAGUAGAUUGCCAUGUAAAGUAUUGGUGGGUUCCUUUCUUAUGAAUAUUACUGUUUGUCUUGCAUAUUCAUACAUAUGUGAUAAUAUAGGGUCUAGGUUGGCUUCUCUGCUCUCACAUUGCUACUAAACUUUUUAUAUGUAAAUUAAUCCAUGUUACCUUAUUAUCAUAAUUUAUUGCAAGUUCUUGUGCAUUGGGAGGCUGUGAGUGACUGUGUACUGAUAUAAAUGGUAGCACCCAGAAGGUAUAAGGAAAUGUUGUGAAGGGCCAUAUCUUGUGUUAUCAGCCAAUAUGAUAAUGUUUGUGAUAAUGUUAUCGGUCAGGAUUCUGAGAGUUAUAACUACAAUGUAACUGGAUGUUGUCUUUUGUGCCAUUACAGCUGGGAUCUGCACUUAUGCAGCAAAACAAAUUUUGACCAUUAUCAUCUUGUUCACAUGUGGUAUGGCCCUGAAUUAUGUUGAGUAUCAUUUCAUGCACCUUUUUACCAGUCAUGCAACGAUUGUCCGUCCUGUCGUCCAGCUGUUAAAAGAAUCCUUGUUUCCAUUGGUAGUUUUAAACUAGUAUCUUGCCGCACCACCUUUCCAUCGGAGAGAUUUUAGCUGGUUGUGUGUUUAAUAUUCAUUUUGAGCUGAGAGUUUUAUAAAACCAAAGUCAGAGAUUAUUCAUCCAUAACAAAUUCCAAAGUUUUUGAUAAAAGAAAACCAACUUUUUAAGGUCAGUUGUCAAAUGAGCAUCCAUUGUAAAAUGAGGAAUAGGGAACAGAGUGUAUAAUAGAGUGUCUAUUGCUGGUCAUGAGAGUAAGUGAUCGUUGGCUUCUGUGAAGAAAAUAGUUAAGACGAGUGUGGUACUCCAUAUGUGGUCAACGAACACACUAUAUCCAGGGUAUACCACUUCCUCCGGAGGGGUGCAGGGUUUAAGAAAGAGAGAGAGAGAAAAAGAAGUCAGCUAGGUCACUGAUUUUAAAAUGUCAAAGAAGAAGAAAGUAGUUUUUGAACACAAAGUGAAGAUUUUAUGCCAAAAAGAAGAAGUUUUAUGUACAGUGAGGUUUUAUGGAAAGGUGGUGUUUUGUCCAUUUCUUUGUCUUCUCAAGCCAAAGUAGUUUUGUUCUAUGUAGCGUUGUGCUUGGUUUGUAGAUGUUUGAAGAAUAUCGCCGCAACGUAGAAAGAAACAACUUCACCAAAACGAUCACGUCCUGAUAGUUGGACCUGGUUCAGAAUUUUCACGGUCACGGAAUGACAAUAUACCUUUCAUCUGAUUCCAAAUAACCAAUUCUCAUACAGACCUCAAAUUAAUAUGACCUAUGACACCUUCCACAUUUCUUGCAUCUACCUCCAAGCGGUUGUAUUAUUUUGUAUUAGCCAUUCAAUCCUUAGUUGGUAGUCAUAGGCCAACAGGUAGUAUUUUAUAGCUCAUGUCACACCUAGUGAACUAUAAUUUAUUCAUGUAGCUUGUUGAAUCAUUGUACAGAGGACAAAAAAUGUAGAAACCCCAUUAUGUCGUUUGCACAACAUCUGCUUUCAACCCCUAAUUAAGAAUGGUAUGUGCUAAUAUUUUGUGGAGUAUAAUUCGAGAGAAACUGAGAGCAGAUGUAGGGGUGGGCAGAGUUGUACAAAUGUAGAAAUCCCCAUCCCACUAGCAAGACUAGAGAGGGUGUACUAUAUUAUAUGGACUUUAAAUCUAGACUCCCUUACAUGGUAUAGUGCGAGGCAAAAUGCAUGUUUAUAGCAUCUCCAUGGUGAUGUCUUGUUUUAAUUUAUUGAUGAGUGAAAGUCAAGGUGGGUUGCCAUGGUGAUUCAUUGCCAUAGCAACCAUUGACCACACAAAACUCUGUUUCUACAUUGAAUUCUGGGUAAUGUCAAUGUCCGGGAGUAGGGCAGUGCUGAUUAUUCUGCUUCAAUGAAUUCUACAUAUUUUUCCUGUGAAACAGGGUUUUGUGUGGGUCCUGCUUCGGUAAGAUACCACAGGCUUGAAGCAUGCAUGUAAAUAUAACAGUGUCUCGCUGCAGAUGGCCAACAUUAGUGUGAACACACAACCCCUCCACUGGCAGUUGGGCAGUCUCAGAACUCUGCAGUUUCGGAAAAUUGCAAAAGGAGGUGUUGUAUAUGUUGAGAAAGGGCAGUGUGCAUUGUGGCUCAUCAAAACACACCAACCAGGCAAAAUACAAAAUGGUUUAUUUAUUUUGUCACGUGAAAAUUACGCUACAGCAUUUCAAAGUGGUUUCGUAUGAUAGCAUUUUGGUUAGCAAUGGAACACGUGACACUUCAACACUUCUGACCCCAAAGCAGUUUGGAGCUAUGUAAAAAAACAUGUUCUGGAUGUACAUGUAUACGUUUAAGUAUUGGACUUGGUAAAGAAAUAAGGGAAUAAUUCUGUUAGAACACAAUUUCAUUUGAAUAUUAGAACACAAUGCUGUUAGAUAUUCUUAGAUGAUGCCAAUGGAAGUGAAAUGUGGAGAUAAGUUGCACACAAUUUGCAAUGAGCUGUCUUGAGUUCUGCGACUCCCAAGAAAUGGGCCUACUUGCUAGGAAUUGCUGCUGGAUUUUGGAGACAAAAAUUUUGUAUUGACAAGCUGACCAGCAGCAGCACCUAGCGAGUGACCAUUGUACUGCAUGUACCUCUCCAAGAGGUCACCUGUGACCGCCUUGUAAAUACUCAGCAGGGAAACAUGAAGACAACCUCAUACAUACUCAAAAACCUCAGAAACAUCCUAUUUUCUCUGGAAAAUAGACAUUGUUUGAUGAAAGUAACACUCAAGCUUGUACUCAUAAAUUUCCAUGGGCACAUUUGAAUGGCUGCACACAACCAAGUCAGGUGUAGGUCAUAACCUAUGGCCUUUGACACCAUGUGAUGCAAUCGUCUAUUCUCAGGUUGUUCACCUUAUACCUUUAACCUUACAACUGCAUGUCAGCAAAAGGUCAAAGAGGACAUAUGCCCCUGUAGCCUAUGGGUUAAAAUUCAAAUGUCCCAUGGAAAAUUCAAAUCCUCCAUACAAGCUUUUGCUCAUUCUGAAUUGCAGCUAUAAAUGGGAACAUACCAUUUUGCAGGGGGGUUAGUGAUGAUUUCUUGGAGUGGUGUCUGAAUUCCCUGGGAUAGUCCAUACCUACGAAAACAACACUUAUUUUUCUAUGUAAGUCUGAAACUUUUGAGACCUGAGCCCAAAUUUAUGGUUGAGCCUCUUCUGAUACUGACCACAACUUAAUUUUUUAUAUGUACAAAGAGAGAGAAAUGUUUAUGAUAAGGUACAAGUGUUUCUAUGGGAGUCAUUCCUCCCUUUGUUAUAAUAAAACAACUCACCCAAUUGUC